GUUUAUUCUUUAUAUGCUCUUUUGAAUUUUGACAUUAACGUAACAGAACUAAUUAACCGACCCUCAACCGUACUUGAUCUUAAUCGAACCGGUUUGGGAGAUUAGGGUUAAUUUCGUCAUUUUCGUUUAGUACCUUCUCCUUUUUAGCGUCUUAUGUAGCAUCGUCCUCUUUCUCUUGAAUUCGUAUUUUUGAGUUCUCAGAUUUCAAACACAAAAGUUUCGUCUCCGAUUUAAUCUUUCUACGUCUUGGUUUAUGAGCUCAAAGGAGAAGCCCACUCUCGGAGGUACGCGGAUUAAGACCCGCAAAAGGAAUAUUGCUGCUCCUCUCGACCCUGCUGCUUUUUCUGAUGCACUAGUUCAGAUUUAUCUGGAUAAUGCUGGUGAUCUGGAACUUGUUGCCAGAAGUUUAGAGUCAUCUGAUCUUAAUUUCUCAAGAUACGGUGAUAUUUUCUUUGAGGUUGUUUUCAUUGGAGGACGUACUCAAACUGGUUCAGUGAAAUCUGAUGAAGGGGAACGCCACCCUUACUCUAUAAUCGACUGUGAACCAAAGCGUGAAGCUAUUUUACCAUCAGUUGUAUACAUACAGAAAAUUUUGCGGAGGAAAGCCUUCCUUAUUAAGAACCUUGAGAAUGUUACACGGAGAUUCUUACAGUCACUGGAGCUUUUUGAGGAGAAUGAGAGGAAGAAGCUUGCAAUAUUCACAGCACUUGCAUUUUCACAGAAGCUCUCAGGAUUACCUGCAGAGACUGUCUUCCAGCCAUUGCUUAAGGAUACUCUUGUUGCCAAAGGGAUAGUUCUCAAUUUUGUAACAGACUUCUUCAAUGAAUAUUUGGUUGAGAACAGUCUUGAUGACUUGAUUUCUAUUCUGAGGCGUGGCAAGAUGGAUGACAAACUCUUGGAGUUCCUGCCACCCACAAAGCGGACUACAGAAAGUUUUGCCGAGCAUUUCACUAAGGCAGGAUUGACAGCUCUGGUAGAGUACAAUGAAAGGAAAAUAUUUGAGGUGAAGCUGAAGGAAAUCAAAGCGGUCCUUACGAGCCAAGUGACAGAGGAAAUAAACGUAGAUGAAGUGACUGAAAUGGUGAAGCAACAGGUGAAAGAUGCAAAGCUGCCAGAGACUGAGGUUGUGCAUGUGAUCUGGGAUGGGAUAAUGAAUGCUGUUCAAUGGUCUGGGAAAAACCAGCAGCAGAAUUCGAAUGCUGUAUUACGCCAAGUGAAAACAUGGGCACCCCUUCUGAACACGCUGUGUAGCACCGGGAACAUGGAGAUGGAACUGAUGUAUAAAGUACAGAUGCAAUGCUAUGAGGAUGCAAAGCUGAUGAAAGUGUUUCCUGAGGUAGUGAGAUCUCUGUAUGAACUGGAUGUGCUUGCGGAAGACACCAUUCUGCACUGGUAUCGCAAAGGGACCAACCCUAAGGGCAGGCAAACGUUUGUGAAGGGAUUGGAACCGUUUGUGAAUUGGCUCGAAGAGGCCGAAGAAGAGGAGUGAGUGAGACGCUCUGCUUCUUGUUUUCUCUUUUUACUCUCUUCUAAUAAAAGAAAGACAAUAUUUUACUUCUCUUAACGCAAAAUUCAGAUGCUCUACAUUGUUGGUGACUUGGUGUGAUCUCUUUUUUGAAUGAAUAAGUACUUCUUUAGUUGAUUAUUUGUUGGUUUUGGU